AUGCGUGGUCCCUCUAUGGACGAGUUCUCUGAUCCCCUUUUCGACUGGAUUCAGGCUCGCCACGACGUGGACGUUGGAGUCAAGCCAUACGAGCCUACGGAUCCCAAGGAUGUUUCAAGACUGCUUGAAAAGAUGGACCACGCUCUUCGUUCUGAUAACAUGGGAGGCGAUAGUCCCACUGAUGCCGUGUACGAAAUUCCUCGACCGGCCAUUCACCACCUUGGAACUCCGGGCAAACCCCUUCUGGCCUUGGAUGUCCCUGAUCCCAUGUCUUACUCGAAUGAAGACCCGGACGAUGAUGAGGGAGGGCUUCCCAGUGUGCGUAUCUCGCCUUGUACGUUCCUAGCCUGGGCCGAAGGAUGUAAGCGUUGGGAUCACGAGUUCAUUAAGGAUCCCUCUGGUCUUCUGGUCCAUACUGCGCGAUGCCGUCCUCAGGAUCCUAUCGCCCGUGACAAGGACCAUUACCCUGCCUAUCUAAAGGGCGCACAGAGCCAGGUCGACAAAAACACUGGCGAAGAGUUCUCGCCAUUCUACAAUGUGCCUCAAAACCCGUCCUUGAUUUGGUCUCCUCCCGGUGUUGCCGACGAUGCCUACGCUCCAGCGACAUUCCUACGUGGGUACAACCUCAUGCUUCCCCUUGAUGGUAAGAAGCGCUUAGACCGUGUCUAUGGUAGACAGUCUAGUAGUGUCCCAGCCGCUGGCACUAACGAGCACUAUGGCAAUACCGAAGUAGAUGAGGCUGUCGUAUGUAUGGAUGACGAACUGCCCAAUGGAAUGACCAUAAAGGAGUUCGUAGAGGCUCGGGAAGAUUCCAUCAAAUUCGAAGAAGCCAAGGUUGCUGGAAACCAGGCGGCUAUCAAUGCACAGGAAGCUACAAUUAAGGAGCUCACCCAAGAGCGCGACCAGUUGCGCACGCUCUACAUCCCGCUCCUGCAUCAUCGACGUGCCGAGCGCAUACUCCAUCUCCAGACGGACCAGCAGUCAGCCAAGGAGUCCCGCAUCCGCGCACACGUCUCGGCUCAUGUGCGCGAAACCCAGGUCCGCCUAGACAAUGUUUAUGUGCGCCACGCCGAAGUCAAAGCCCGCCGAGAGCAGAACGCGCGCGCUAUUGAGCGCCUGCAGAUAGAGAUUGAUGAAGAAUGUCUCCUUGUCGGGAAGACCAGUCCAAAAGGCAUCUACAAUGAGAUCGAGGCCUUGUCCUCUCCGGUGCCGAGCCUGAAGAGCACGAAUGAAGAUGGAAAUCUGGAUGGUAUUGGGCAGGCACAUGGUGGCGGUUUGGAUGAACCCGGCUACCUCAGGGAGCACCAAAAGCCUUCGAAAAUUCAAGCUACCGGCCCUGAGCGUGAAGCCGAAACUCACAAGCGAUGGGAGCAGCGCACCGGCCAGAGAUUCCGUCAUCAUCCGGGAUGUAUAUGCAUCCAGCGAGUGGCGCCCUUGUAUGUCGAUCCACACCCACCGUCAGUACCCACCAGCCCCGAAGAAGAGCUAGAACCUGAGAUCGACGUCGAGAGCGUUCAUGAAUCCGAGAAUAUCGACUUUGAUGACCCCAAUGCCAAGUACAAACUGGACAGGGAUUUCUACGGCGAUGACGACGACUAUGAGGUCGAGGAAGAGGACGAGUUUACCGACUACGAGGGUGACGGCAUCAACAGAAACGGUCAAAGAGGCAAGGGAAAGACAGUCGCCUUUGCGCCUACAAACCGAUUCGGUUCCAACAGCUGGACUACGGAGGAAGAGUAUUAA